AUGUACCUGAUCACUGUGUUUGGAAACCUGCUCAUCAUCCUGGCCGUCAGCUCAGACUCCCACCUGCACACGCCCAUGUACUUCUUCCUCUCCAACCUGUCCUUUGUGGACAUCUGUUUCACCUCCACCACCGUCCCCAAGAUGCUGGUGAACAUCCAGACACAGAGCAAAGUCAUAACCUAUGAAGGCUGCAUCACACAGAUGUACUUUUUCCUACUCUUUGGCAUGUUGGAUGUCAAUCUCCUGACCGUGAUGGCGUAUGACCGCUUCGUGGCCAUCUGUCACCCCCUGCACUACACAGUCAUCAUGCACCCCCGCCUCUGUGGACAGUUGGUUCUGUUGUGCUGGAUCAUGAUUGUCUCCUUAUUUUAUGUAACAAGCCUGGGAGUGUACCUCAGCUCUCCUGCUACCCACAAUGCACGCUCUAGUGCUACAGCCUCGGUCCUGUACACAGUGGUCACCCCCAUGCUGAACCCCUUCAUCUACAGUCUCAGGAAUAAAGACAUAAAGGGGGCUCUGAAAAGGUCCUUUGGGAUGACAGCAUAA